CGACGUCCAGCGAGAAAACCGACACAUCAGCUAAUGAUCCAAACCAGACGCGUUGCCGCCAUGCCAUGUCCCGUUCCCAGCAGCGCUCCCUCCGUCCCCCCUCCUCCUCCUCCUCCUCCUCGUCGGUAGAAUUAGAAUUAACAAAGGAUCCGGAUCUGGACCCGGACCUCCCCCACGCCAUCGCCCGUCUCAUCAAUUCCCAUGGGGCCCUCGACUCUGCCCUCUCCGGCCUCAUCCCCCGCCUCACCCCCUCUGCCCUCCUCUGCGCCCUCGGCCUGGUCAGCACCCCCGCCGCCGCCCUCCGCCUCUUCCGCUGGGCCCAACCCCUCCUCCCCUCCCUUCUCUCCGACCGCCGCCCCGCCGCCAAGACCCUCCACCUCCUCCUCCGCUCCCGCGACCCCCGCCCCGCCCUCCACUUCGCCCUCUCCCUCCCACCCUCCUCCCUCGCCGACCACUCCUUCAACGCCCUCCUCCGCUCCCUCUCUCGCGCCGGCCACCUCCGCUCCUCCCUCUCCCUCUUCCGCCUCCUCCCCUCUCCCUCCGCCUUCUCCUUCAACUCCCUCCUCGCCGCCCUCCUCCGCCGCGGCCGCACCCGCGCCGCCCGUUCCCUGUUCGACGAAAUGCUCCACCGCGCCCCCGCCGUUCGCCCCGACGCCUGUACCUUCAAUACCCUCAUCCGCGGCCUCUGUCUCAACUCCAUGCCCGCCGAGGCCUUCCGCCUCUUCCGCGAGAUGCCCCGCCAUGGCUGCCAGCCCGACCUCGUUACCUACAACACCCUCCUCGAUGGCCUCUGCCGCGCCGGCGAGCUCCACGCCGCCCGCGGCCUCCUAGACGCUAUGCGGACCAAAAGCUCCGAUCUUGCCCCCAACGUCGUCUCCUACACCACCCUGAUCCGCGGGUACUGCGGCAGGCUGCUCCCGGCCGAGGCCGUGGGCGUCUUCGAGCAGAUGGUGGCGGUUGGAGUCAAGCCCAACCGGAUCACCUACAAUACCCUCAUCCAAGGGCUCUGUGAGGCUAAAAGGAUGGAUUUGGGGAAGGAAAUCUUGGAACAGGGAAAUGGUGCCAAUGGCGAUUCAACUUUUAGGCCUGAUACUUGCACGUUUAACAUAUUGAUAGCUUCACACUGUAAGAUGGGCCGCGUGGGUGAGGCGUUGAAGAUGUUUGAUAGAAUGCCGGAACUGAAGGUUAAGGCUGACUCGGCCACAUACAGCACGUUGAUACGGGGCCUAUGUCAAAGUGGUGAGUUUGGGAGAGCGGAGGAGCUCGUUGAUGAGUUGUUAGAGAAGGAGGUGUUGCGGAGGAGAGGUGGUUGUGUUCCUUUGAUGGCAGCUUAUAAUCCAAUAUGUGAGUAUUUAUGUAACAACGGAAAAGCAGAGAAGGCGAGGAGGCUGUUUCAGCAGCUGUUGGAUAGGAGGGCCACAGUGGAUGUUGGAGCAUUCAAGACUCUGAUCUCGGGGCACUGCAGGGAGGGGGCUUUUAAAGAAGGGUAUGAGCUGCUGGUCUCAAUGGUAAAGAGGGACCUUGUGCCAGAUGUGGAGACCUAUGAGGCUUUGGUUGUGGGAUUUUUGGGGAAUGGGAAGGUGGAUUAUGCUUUCAAGGCACUGGAGAGGAUGUUGGACAGUGGGCAUCGACCUAGCACAGCUACCUUCCAUUCAGUGCUUGCUGGGCUUUUGGAAAAAGAUUAUUGCGCUGAAGAAGCUGGUAAGUUGGUUGCUGUGAUGAUAGAGAGGAAGAUUCGUCAAAGCAUCAAUCUUUCAACAGAUGUUAUGGCCAAUCUGUUUAGCAAUGGAUUGAGUGAUAGAGCUUUCGAGAUUGUUAGAUUGCUUUAUGAUAAUGGAUAUUAUGUGAAAAUGGAGAAGUUGGCUGGAUCACUCUGCCAGGGCAAGAAAUUCUUGGAAGCACGCGAGCUUUUGCUGUUUAGUUUGGAGAAGAGUCAGGAACUGGAUAGCAAAGUUUAUGGCACAGUGAUUAGUGGGCUUUGUGUCUCUGGCAAAGCUCCAGAAGCAUUUGGUUUGUUUUAUAAGAUGAUUGACAAGAAAAGUGCAACUGUACCUUCUAAUUGCUUAGUCUCUUUGAAAGCUGCACUGGAGGAAUCAAGAAAAUGGAAAGAGGCAGAGUUUGUCUGGAAACAAAUGUGUCAUGCAAAUUCCGAAAGUGUUAACUGUAACUGAGUUCUGUUUAUAUGUGUCCUCAAUCUUCUCUGUUCACUAAAGAUUUCCUCGGCAAGGAUGUUUUUCAGAUAAUUAUUGGUACAUCAAGAUAACAAGCUAUAAAACUACAAAAAUUACAGUUGAGAUUAGUGCAUGAAGGAGUUGGGUAAGCAUACCAAAACUAACGAUUGACGCUGAGAACAAGUAGCAGGUUGUGUGGAGUAAUUUCCACGCAACAAAAGAGGUAACUGUUUGUUCUUGUAUAUAAAGUGCUGCAUAUCAACAAGACUUAUCGAUGCUAUUCACUAUGUUUUUCGAAAGGACUGGAGGGGGCAAAUGUUUCCAUGCCCUGGUAUGCUAGAGAAGAUUACCAUGCUGGAACAUAUGGAGGUUGCUUGGUCACCUGCAACAAGAUAUAUAGCUCCAGGCAGAAAUGUUGCAUUUGAAAUUGUUGUUGUAAAAACUAUUUUUGUUUGAUUUAGUUCAUGAUUGCAAAUGCAUUUGCAGUUGUUUGGUUAUUUAAUGCUAAAAGAGGUGUGAUAAUUUUGCAAAUCACCUGAUCAGGUUACCCUUCUAGAA